AUGAUUAAGCAGGUAGUGGCCAAUCAGAAUUUAUCGAGUAAUUCAGCUAAGAAGGAAUUAGGAUCGGCACUACUGUCUCUUUUGGGAGACUUAAAAGUUAGAUAUGUGAAUUUGAAAGAAAAAAUACACAAGGGCAUACCACUGGAAGAGCUGCCCCCACUGUCAGUAGAAUCAAAAUUGUUAUCUACCUUCUCUACUUUUGCUUCCAGGCUGAUGAAAGAAGAAUCACAUGUCUUUUCAGGAGCAGAUUCUGAACUAGAUAAUCAAAGUGCUCAGGAUGUUGAUGUUUCUUCCAACCUAAAAAAGACACUCUCUCAAGUAAACUGUAGAAAUUACCAAGAAAUAAGUGAAGACUGGUUUGAUGCUAAAGAAAACCUGACAGGAGUUGACUUCUCAGGAAUACAGGAAAAUCAAAUAGAACAAGAUAAAUGGAAUCCGAAAUAUGCAUCUCUUGCUUUCAAAAAAAACAGUGAUGCUAAGAUGGCUGUGAAAGAAAUGAAUGGGCUAGAAAUAAAUGGAAAAUCAGUAAAUGUGCGACUCGUUAAAAUUCCCGGAGAAUACCCAUCACCACUUGCCUCCAAAUAUGAGAAUAAAACUAGUUUGAAUAAUUUGGAGAAAAGCACCAACAAAGAAAUCAACUCAGCCAUCCCUGUUCCUAAAUUGCCCAGAACUAGGCCAAGGCAGCUGGGAUCUGAGCAAGACAGUGAAUUUUUUUCUUUUGACCGAAAGGUUAGUUUUCUUGAUUGA